AUUCCAGGGAAUAAAAAUGAGAAGAGAAGUGCAAAGGAGGAUAGGACUGAUAGAAGUUCAAGAUCAAAUCGCAGUCCUAACGUAUCUGAGGGACACGUUCAAGUUUAUAGAUAGAACCAAGAUAUGCACAGUUGGAAAGGGCUAUGGAGGUUUCGUUGCAACUAUGAUGCUGUUGCAGGAUUUCCACCAGGUCAUCAAUUGUACCAUCAGUAUCUCGCCUAUUACCAACUGGAGAUUCUUCAAUUCCUACUUCACCGAGAAAUACCUUGGCUUUCCAUCGAAACAUCUCCAGGAAUACGACAACGCCGAUUUGACCUUAAAGGCGGUGAACCUGAACGAUCGCCAUUUCUUAUUGAUUCACGGAACAGCUGACACCGUCGUUACUCCGCAGCACUCUAUGAUGUUGGCAAAGGCUCUUAUCGAGCAGGACAUCCUCUUCCAGCAGUUGGACUACCCUGACGAGGAUCACAAUUUCCAGAAAAAGGCGCUGUUGCACAUGUACAAGGAAAUCGACUCAUUUUUCAAUGAUUCUUUCGGUCCCAUUUAUGACGAUUGGGAUUCAGACGAUGAAACGAGCUUCUUCAUUUGAAUUUUGCAAGCCAAUCAGUAGGUAUCUUUCCAUACAAAAGCUGGGAUAAGAAAUAAUAAUGUGAUGUUAUUUACACGGUCAUACUGGUAAUAGUGUGAAAUCAUGGCAUGAAAAGAUAUUGUGCUCUACAAGAAUGUUCAGUGUUAUCAGUUUUUCAAAUUAAAUCCUGAUACAGAAAAAGCGCUUUAUUGACAUUAUUCUCUAAAUUAUUUCAUUUGUUUGCUGAUAUUUCAUAGGAGCAAUUUGGUGUUGGAAGGUUGCUUUCUAUUACAUUCUAAACAUCCUUAGGACUUGAUGUGAUACUGGUCGCUCAGUAACUGUAAAUCAUGUAAGACUCAGUCUCAGUGUGCCUCCAUAUUGCGAGCCUAGCGCGGUUGCGACGACGGGCGCGAAAUAUCAAACAUUAUGAAACGCGCCUUUGCGUCCAUAGUGUAGUGACUGAGGCGGAAGAUUAGGGCGACAGGACGUAGUUUUCAAACGUCCCUGUUCCGCGCUUUCUGACCACACUACGGGCCUAAUCAACAAGC